AUGGGACAAACUUCACAAUACUCUUUAACGAAUCAACAAGUUGGUGGUGCAAAUAGUAUCGUUAAUAACAAUAGUGAUUGGCAACGUCAGAAUAACGAUAGUUCGUUCCCCAAUACGAAUAAUUUUCGCGAGUAUCCUGAGCAAAUGGCAGAAUUUAUUAGCAACGAAUGCAACAAAAAUAGUAAUAAUAUACAAGUAAUCGACUACAAUUCAAGAAAACAAACAGACUUCGCCUCGUUAAAUAAUUAUUCGAAUACGCAUGGUGCCUCUGUUUUUUCUUUUUUAACACAGCCUGUGUCAGAAAGACCGAACAGAUCAAGUGAACUUAAUAAUAAUGAGGGCGAUAGUAUUCUUACAAGACGAAUUUCAUUAUCAUCGUCAGAAGCAACGAUAGACUCUAAUAGUCCAUUAAGAUUAUAUCGACAGAAUAUCUCUAUAACACCAAUGAAUUCUCCGCAGAGAACAAAUUAUCAUCAAACGCCAAUCGAUAAUGAUGAUGCGCAACAACAACAACCACCAUCACAAUCGUCUUUCUCUAAUACAAAAUCAGAGCCUAGUACAAAUGCUCCAAAGAGAAUAAAGAUUGAUAAAGCUGAAAGAAUGGAGUCACGUAUCGCGGAAAAUAAAUAUGAUGUAGAGGCUUGGCUAUCUUUGCUUGGGGAAGUAUUGGCGAGAGAUGAUACAGAUAAAGUUAGGGGAACUUUUCAAAGAUAUUUGCAAUUGUUUCCGGCAUCGUCGCGACAAUGGAUGCAAUAUGUGGAAUUCGAAUUGAAACAUAACAAUUACAGACAAGCCGAGGAAACACUGAAACGCAGUCUACGUUCUGUGCUCUCUAUUGAUCUAUGGAAAUACUAUUUGAAUUAUGUGCGUCGAAUGAAUGGUGGUGAUCCGAAUUCCUCAAUGACUCCUAAAACACGAAAAACUAUUGAAGCUACAUACGAAUUUGUAUUGGGUCAUAUUGGUUUGGAUAUGGCAGCUGGAACAUUGUGGGUUGAUUAUUUGUUCUUUCUGAAAAUCGCGGAAACAAACAAUUCAUGGGAGGAACAGUAUAAAGUGGAUCAAAUGCGAAAGGUGUUUAAGAGGGCAACUAGUAUUCCUAUACAUAAUGUAGAGCAUAUUUGGAAAGAUUAUGAUGCAUUUGAAAAUGAUGUCAAUAAGCAAACGGCUAGAAAGUUCUUGCAAGAGAGUUCUCCGUUUUAUAUGACAGCGCGUUCUGCCUUAAAAGAAUUACGCGGAUUUAUGGAUGAAAUAAAUAGAACUACUAUUCCAAUACCACCGAAAUGGGAGGAAGCUGAAUUACAGCAAUUGGAUGCAUGGAAACGAUGGAUAGCAUGGGAGAAGUCUAAUCCUUUAGCGUUUGAGGAUAAGACGCGUUUAGUACAGAGAGUGAAAUACGCAUAUAAGCAAGCGAUGAUAUACAUGCGACAUUACCCCGAAAUAUGGUAUGAAGCAUCCAAUUAUUGGAUUGAGAAUGGAAAGGAAGAAGAAACGGCAAAUAUUCUAAAGACUGCCAUGGAAAUUAUGCCCACUAGCUUUCUGGUACAUUUCGCCUACGCUGAGCUGCAAGAAAGACGUCAAAAGCUACCCGAAGGAGUAGAUGCUUCCCGUGGUAUGUUUAGUAAAGCGCGAAAGUAUCCUUAUUGCUCAUAUCAUAUCUUUAUAGCUGCUGCCUGGAUGGAAUAUCAUUGCAAUAAAGAUCAUAAAGUUGCAGGAAACAUUUUUGAAUUGGGCCUAAGAUCUUAUGGUGGCAAACCUGAAUAUGUGAUCGAAUACCUUGACUUUUUGAUAAAGCUGAACGAUGAUAAAAACGCGCGAGCCCUUUUUGAGCGCGCACUUUUAACUGUACCAGUAGAAAAAGCAAAUCUCAUAUGGGACAAAUACUGUGAGUUCGAGAAUUAUUACGGCGAUAUUGAAUCUAUUCGGAAAAUUGAACAACGAAGAGCGGAGAAAUAUCCCGAUGAAUCACCUGUUAUUCGCUUUGCCCAAAGGCAUAGUUAUUUUAACACUAAUAUAAUUUUUAGUCAAGAAAUCGGUUCCGGAAAAGGUCGAAUCGAUACUCGCUCCUCAACACCACCACCAGAAAAGACUGUUCAAAUUUCCAAAUCACAAGAAGAAGAUUCUUCAGAUCGCAGGAAAUUAUUGGAAUCUGUGUACCCUGACAGAUACCCUCGGCCCGACUUUCGAAAAUGGGUCUCGUACAAACCCAGCGCAGAUCUGCCGAGUCGACCCUCCGGAACGCGGAGUCAAGGUUUGGGUCGACCAACAGAGACAUCCUUUAUACCUGCUCAGAAACAAACACAACCACCAGCGCAAGUAACGUGGAAGCAGGCACAAAAUGGCAUGAUUUUGCCGGAGGCGGUUGUAAACUUAUUGGGAACACUGCCUCCGCCAUUUUUAUUUCAGGGGCCAUUUGUCAACACCAUAGAGUUAACAGAGGUGAUGCGUACGAUGAAAGUGGAAGGAGGGAGUCAAGCUCGAGGGGGAGUAGCAAUGGGUUUUGGUGAGGAGGGAAGCUAUGCGGAGAAUCCAAGGGGAGGAGGAUAUGGUGGAAGUGGGAGAGUAAGAGGCGGUGGGUUUGGCAAGCAGAGAAGGGAUGGUCAGGUAGGAGGAGGGCGAGUCGGUGCAGGAGGGAAACGGCGAAGAAGAGCUUUUGAGGAGGAGGAAACUGACGCAGGGAGUGGUGGCCUUGGUAUAAAUCAACCACCUGAACACGAUUUAUUCAGAGAGCGGCAACAAAAACGCGCUCGUGCCAUGUAA